GGCCACUGUGGCUCAACCGCUUGGGUGGCCGCAGAGCGGCGUCCUGCCGCGAGCUUCGCGCCUGGCUGGGCGAGUUGCACUCGUUCUGCUGCGGGGCCAUGGCAGACUCCAGGACGUCGUCGCUGGUGUCCGAUGUGUUUGAGCAAGUGCGCAGGAGGUCUUCGCAAACGCCGUCCCAGCAGGACAUCGCCGCUGAGCGGGUCUGGUGGUCGGAGGCGUUGUUGGGGGCACUGCAGAAGAUGUUGGCGGAGCAGACGAAGCAGUUGCAGGCCUGCGUGGCGGAGGAGGCCCAGAAGCAACACGCGAUGAUAGCGCAGGUGCCGAGGCUGCUGGCGGAACACACGCGGCAGCUGAGGGGCUGCGUCCAGGAGGAGGUCCAGAAGCAGACGCGGGAGCUGCAGGUCCCUCUCGCGGCGCUGGCCUCGGGGGGGGGCUCCGCGCCCACCCCGGGGGGGCAGCAGGACCACGAGGACGCGCCGCGAGGCCGCCUGGAGGAGCUGCUGGAGCGUGAGGCGGAAGAGCGGCGCGUGAGGGAGGCAGGCCUGCGCGAGAUGGUCCAGCAGCAAGGGGGGGCCCUGGCCCGGAUCGAGGCGCUCUUCGAGCCGCCUGGCGAGGCCAGCGCGUCAUGGUCUCCGCCGGAGCUGGACACCGCCGUGGAGGGCGACUACCAUCCCCCGGUGAUUCAUGCCAGCACGUUCGGAAUGGGGGUGGUGACUUCUCCAAGAAAAGCCAAUCAGGGCCGUUCUUGCCGCGCCAUCUGCACGAAAGUGUGCAGCAGUCGCGGCUUCGUUGUGUGCACCGCGUGCGUGAUUUUAGCGAACAGCGUGUACCUAGGGUUUGAGGCGAACGAGAUCAUGAUCUCUCCCAGCUGCUCUUUGCCAGAAAGUAUCUCAUGGCGAAUCGCCAACGGGUUCUUUGCCUUGGCGUUUCUGGCAGAACUUUCGGUUCGCUUUAUCGCCGAUGGUACCGACUUCCUGGUAGCCCGUCAUCGGGAUGUUCUCUGGAAUUGGUUUGACACGUUGCUUAUCCUGAUCACUGUUGUCGAGGAGUUCCUCAGAUAUUUCUCUGUAGACGUUAUAACCUUUGGUUUCCUGCGUCUAACUCGCCUUCUCAGGGUGACUCGGAUAAUGCGCGCGUUCAGGGUAGUUCGCGAUUUUAAGGAGUUGAAGAUAAUGAUUACUGGGCUUUUAAAUUGCGCGAGACCCCUUUUCUGGGCUGGGGUGCUGCUGUUGUUGUUGACUUACAUGAUGGGGAUUCUCUUAGCUCAGCUCCUCUCAGAGUACUUGCGUUCAGUCAAAGAUGAGGAACUCGAUGAAGAGAACCUGAAAGCGGUUAACUACGUCGCAAAGAACUUUUCGAACUUAGGGGAGAGCAUGUACUCGCUAUUCGAGGCCCUCACAGGUGGGCGGGACUGGGGUGAUAUUGCAGGUCCAUUCAGGCACAUACACUGGAUAUUGGUGUGCUGUCUUAUUAUGUACAUUGUCGUCGGGGUUUUCUGCAUUCUCAACCUGUUGACCGCUGUCUUCUUGGAGGCAGCACAUCGAAUAGACGACGUGCAGGAGCUCGUCUACAAAAAGAGGGAUUGGGUGGCCGAGACCAGCGAAUUCUUCCUGGCUGCUAUAAAGAACAUCCCCCACACGCCGCACACGUCUUCCUUCCUGGCCUCAUCGGAUGAACACCCCAGGAUCACGGAGGAUGCUUUCAUCAAGCUGCUGAGCACUCAAACUAACGUGAAGUUCUUGGAGGAAAACGGGGUGGACCUUUUCUUUAGAGGCCACAACGGGUUGAGUGAAUUAUUUCACAUCAUGGACGAGGAUGGUAACGGCACCCUCGACGUGAACGAAUUUGUAGUUUGCCUAUACAAUCUCAAGGGGACUGCCACCUCUUUGGACUUGAAGUUGGAGAAUCAAAAGUUGUCGCGAUUGGUCCGUUCGCUGCACGAGCAGCUGCAGAGCAUGCAGCCGAUCACGCCCAGCAGCUCUUCCCCAAGGCUGCGAACGUGUACAAGCUCGAGGGCACGCACCAUCUCAGGGCCAGGAGGUGUAGUGAGAGAUCCGAGCAGUAAGAACUCCGAACAGGCAUAUACGCCUCGCCAAUACAUCUAAAUUCGACCAGUUUGGUUCUGCAUGCCGUGACCACGGCCCCUGGCCGCUGUCCCUCGGAGCCUGCCUUAAGUCGGGCCUGUCCCUCUAGAGGAGGAAUAUUCAAAGUUAGUCUGAAGGACCCAAACAUAUGCAGCUGCGAGUACCGCGAGGGAGAUGAGACGGAGGGGGGGGACGAUUCAUUGCAACAUCGUUGGUGUGUCUGAGUAUCGCACUGGUCCUCCUCCUCCUCCUCCUCCAAAGCCUACUCGGGCCAUAGAAUGGUGCGCAAUCUGGCUCGUGUUUGUAAUGGCUCCCCAUAAGCUUGGGAGCCAAGUUCGCUUGGAAGCAGAUGACCCGUGGCGUUCACCCGAAACUCCCUGGUGCUGCGGUCCAAGCGGGGCCCUGGUUUCAAAGUGCCUAGGGUACUGGCCCGAGAAGUCGUAGCCCCUCGAUGCGGCUUCUAGUUUCAAAGUGCCUAGGGUACUGGCCAGAGAAGUCGUAGCCCCUCGAUGCGGCUUCUAGUUUCAAAGUGCCUAGGGUACUGGCCAGAGAAGUCGUAGCCCAUCGAUGCGGCUUCUAGUUUCAGAGGUGGAAGGCAUCGCGCUGGAA